AUGGCCAAAGGGAGGCGCUUCAACCCACCUUUAGACAAGGACGGAAGAUGGUUCCCUCACAUUGGACUGACGCGAAGGACACCAGAAUCCAUCACAAGUACUAUGUUAAAAGAGCCCCAGAAUCCACAUUUGUCCCGGCAAGUGAAGGAGAAGCUACCACCAAUAUACAAAAUCCGGGAGAAGCAAGCAGUCAACAACAACUUCCCCUUCUCCGUUCACGACAAUCGGCGCAAUUUCGAGAACUCUGGCUACUACGUGGAGUCCGGCCUGGGACGUAAGAAGAUCUCCCCAGAUAAAAGGCAACACAGUUCAAGAAAUUUCAAUCUCUGGACAUGUGACUACGUUCCCUCUUAUCUUGACGGUUUUUCAAAUAACCAAAUAUCUUAUGUGUAUAAGGAAGCUAUGGUGGUCUCAACUUUCAGACGCUUUCCAAGACAUUACGAUGAGAUAUGGAGCACUUUCAAAUUGAUUCCUGAGCGAAGCUAUACGGAGUUUUUGAAAAAGAAGCCAAAAGUAAGGUUUACUAUUGACAAAAAGACCGUUUCUUCACUGGAUCCCUAA